AUGUAUACUGUUUUAGAUGCACCUUUAAAUGCCCUCUGUAUAAAUAGUGAUGCAAAUUUAGUUGCUACAGCAGGGAGAAAUGUGUUUAAAAUUUUUUAUAUAAACGAUGGAGAUUUAGAUGGAAAUAAGGAAAAUGUUUUUGAAGAAAAAAUGAAUUUAAGGGUUGGUAAAAUAAAUUUAAAUUAUAGCUGCACAGAUGUUGCUUGGAGCCAUCUAAAUAAUAAUGUACUAGCCUCUGCAGCUACUAACGGGGCUGUUGUGACAUGGAAUAUAGACAAGGUAUCACACUCUAAACAAUUAAAUAUCUAUAAUGAACACACAAGAACUGUCAACAGGGUUAAUUUCCACCCAAAUGAUGCCAAUUUAUUAUUAAGUGGCUCACAAGAUGGGACAAUGAAAUGUUUUGAUAUAAGAACUAAUGAGGCCAUUCAUACAUUUUUUAGUAAUUCUGAAAGUGUUAGAGAUGUCAAUUUUAAUCCAUUUGAUAAUUUUAUUUUUGUGGCUGGACAAGAAAAUGGUACCAUACAACUAUGGGAUUUGAGAAAUACAAAUAUAUCUUUAAGAGAGUUUUCUGCACAUAAUGGUCCUGCCUUUUCUUGUGAAUGGCACCCCCAAGAAAAAAAUAUAUUAGCAUCAGCAGGAAGAGAUAAAUUUAUUAAGGUAUGGGACUUAAAUUAUCUGCCUAAAUUGAAAAAUAGCAUUCAAACAUUUGCAUCGGUUGCUCGAGUUAAAUGGAGACCACAUAAUAAAUACCAGAUAGCUAGUAUUGCAUUAGUGUUUGAUUUUAAUAUCAAUAUAUGGGAUAUACGGAAACCUUAUAUAUCUCAAUUUAUUUUUAAUGAACAUAAAGAUGUGGUGACAGGCAUCCAAUGGAGAGGCAUUGAAUAUUCUCAGCAAUCGAUUGUGUCUUGCGGAAAAGAUGCAUUGUUAUUUGAUCAUAAAUUUUACAAUUAUUCUUAUAUAUACGAUCACCUACCCACUUCCUCUCCACUUAACUCUUACUCAUUUUCGCCUCCGGCCUCUGAAAAAGUCUUAAAAAAUAAAUCGUUCAAUCUUAUACUUACCAAUAAGAUAUUUACUAGACGCAAAAGUGCUGAUACCAAUAUCCAAGCUAAACUUUCCCCGUUCAUGAUUAAUUCUGCCAAUAUCUUGACGAAUAAACUAUUAUCAACACAACCAAUUAAAGAAGAUAAUUACGGGUUAUAUGCCUCUCAUCCAAGAGCCGGGAUACAACCCUCCAUCAAAGCGACUCCUAUAGCUUUAUCCUUUGAUACCACUGGUAAAUUGAUAUCCACAUAUCGAUCUAGUAAAUCUAGUAAUCAACACAUUAAUUUGGCUCAUCCCGAAGAUGAUCUGAAAAUUGAACUUAUCAGAUAUAUAAUUCAACCUGCUUUCAAAUAUUAUGAGGAAUGGCUCGUCAAAGUGCAUCCCAUAGAUGGAUUUCACUUAGAAAAUAAAGAUAACCCCUUAAAAAUACUUGAUGAUUACAAUCAACGUAUGCCACAAAUCCUUCAAAAUUUAAUAAAGAUAAAAAAUAUAAAUUCCAAUGAAAAAUAUUACAGAAUAUCCGAUAUAUCUCAACAAACGUCUCCUAAAAUAUGUGCGUUAGACUCCAUUGGUGAUAUUAUUGUUAAUAAUGAUAAUAAAACAAUAAUUCAACGCCCUAAAACGCUGUCCUUAGGUAGUAUAAGCAAAUUCGAUCGAGAUAAAAAGUCGAAAAUCUAUGUAAAUUCCGCGGCCAAUCAGUUUCUUUCGACUAUCCCUUCCAAUUAUUCAAUGCAUUCAUUCUCUUCAAUCGACGAAUUUCAUAUUGGCGAUCAGCAGAAUAUACAACAAUGCAGUGAAUCAUCCGAUUUUAAGGUUGUCAACGAUCACAGCUUGAUGAGGAUAUACCAAAAUUACGAUAAAGAUUCUUCCUUAGACUGGAUGCUAACUUGCGCCAAAGAAUACGAUUUGAUAAGGUUCAGAGAUGAUAGCGAUGUUCUCACUAAAAUUGAAAUUAAUUCUGGAGUUUACAACCCUAGCGACAAUAAAUGCGUCUUUUAUCAAGUUUGUGAACAUAACGCAGAUAUAGCUAUGUCAAUUAAACGUAUAUCGGUAGCUAAAUUAUGGCGUAUGCUGCCUCUUUUAUACUGCGACAUAGAUGAUUAUAUAUCGUACAUAAAACUUACGAAGACUAAAAUAUGUUUAUAUACCUAUAUAUAUCUAUAUGCAUUAUAUACUAUAUUAUAUUGUGUGAAUUUUACUAUAGAAAAAUUUAUUUACGAGAGAAUAUUUUCCAAAAUUGUUACAAGCUUCCCUUUCUUGGCUCAAAAUGCAUCAAUCAAUAAGGAAAACAACGAUUCAAUAUUGUUUAAUCAUAGCCCUUCGCAAACAGUCGCAAAUGAUGACAAUGACACAAAAAACCAUCAUAAUUUAGAGAUUAAUAAUGUAGAAAACGAUACGAUGGUGGAAGUAGCUAAAAAUUUCACUCGCAAACGUUAUUGUAAGGGUUAUGACGUGAAUUUUUUUCAUCACGUUGAAUCAACAUCCUUGACUGAGAAAAAACAAAAAGAAUAUAGUAUAAAUUCUAUGGCACACAUUUUUGACAAUAACGAGACGAUUUUACCAAGGGAAGGAUUUGAUUUUAUAGAAGAACGAUGGUGGGAAGAUUCAGAUAUAUCAGAUAAUCAUAAUGACGCUGAAGAUAAUAUCGAUAAAAGUGAUCCAGAAUUUCCUCACAAUCAGGCACAUAUUAAAAAUGCAAGCCUUACAUCAUCAUCUCAAAAAAAUAUAUGUUAUUCAAGUCCAACGAUAAACCUAAAAGAGAUCGACGAGAUCGAGAACAGUUUUGAGUUAAAAGCGUAUUAUUUAAAAGCGUCCGCGAUUCUUAACGAUUUCCGAAACAAAUCGAAUACGAUCACCAAUAAAAUCUUGAUCAAUAACAAGGCUCAAAAUUAUGAUACAAAAGUUGAUCGCAAUAAUUACAGUGAGGGUCACAAUGAUCUCAUAACCAAUGGUAUAAGGAAUAAUGGGAAGAUUAAAAAAUCAUCAUAUACUCUUGUGAAUUCAAAAAAGUUUCACGAUAGUUUUAUCGGAAAUUAUAUUUGUUAUUGUUUGCACAGCCUAGUGGAAAAAGAGCACGACAUUCAAACAUCAAUUUACAUAAUAAUCGUUUUGGGUCAGAAAAUUUUGCCAUAUAUCAGUCGUUUAACUAUAUGCCAUUGGUUUUCCAUAUAUAUUGAUUUUCUGAGAAAGCGCCAAAUGUAUGUUUUCGCAAAUAAAAUAAUCAAAUGGUGCCCUUUAGACGAAAUUAACGCCAUAAAUAGGACCUCCACUUACUACGGCAAUGGACCAUGUCCCUACUGUGGCAAAAGACCUAACUAUGCGGUUUAUUCUAACACUUCUCAACAAAACAAAUCUAUUUUUGUCUGUCAAAAAUGUCGUAAGCAUGUCAAUACAUGUUCGAUAUGCCAUUUACCAGUCAAAGGGUUAUAUCUAUCCUGUAUAGGAUGCUUACAUGGUGGACAUCUUGAGCAUCUAAGUAAUUGGUUUCAUAAUCAUAAUUUUUGCCCUACUGGGUGUGGGCAUAUGUGCGAAUUCAAUUAAAGGCGAACUUUUAAAGUAUAUAGGAUCAUUGUUAAUCAUAUAUUUUUAAAUUUGUAAAUAAUGUUAUAUUUAAAAUUAAA